GACAGUUUUAAUAAUAUCUAUAGGUAAAUACAAGUAUGUCGGUAUCAAUCCUUUCAAUGGAUAUAUUCAGAGGCUCUUCAAUCAAUACUAUUUUCAUAAGCUCGUUCUUAAAACCGAAUAUGGUUAUCCGACCGGGUAAAAUUCAAUUGGGCAACGCAACUUACGGGGUAAUUCUGAAGUCCAAUUUAGCUUGCACACCGUGGACAAUUUUCUAUCACCUUAUGGGUCUGGUCUUCAACUGGGUACUGCUGUGCCUCUUCAAUUCCCUGUCACCCCAACAUAAAGGCGCCAAAAUAUGCAGGUCGUUGAUCAACAGACGAAUCAUAGUGAUACGAACUCACGCAGUUUUGUCUUGGCGUAAUAUUACGACACUUUUAAUCUUCACCAGUUUCCUCGUUUCUAUUUGAUUAGGAGCCUCUUUUUUGCUUCGUCGUGCUUUAUUUAAUGUUUCUAGUCUGUACUUUCUUUACUGCAAUUAAUUCAUUUAUUAUUGAACUCUGUUAUCACUUCCAAUAAACCAGAAUUCAGGCUACACGAUAAAUAUGGUUCAGUACAAAAAUCUCAUACUUUUCCUUACCGUAGGCAUUUCGGCCGCUUUCGAGAAUUCAUUACCCCUUGCCCUUCGGCAAAUUCGACCAACGCCUCAUCCCAAUGAAAACUACCUCUACCAGAUGUGUUAUCCCAAUUUAGCGAAUAUCAGUCUUCUCGUAGGUUCAAACGGCGCUGAAAAACGAUUACAAAUCAUGGCCAAUUCUCCUUUCCCUUGCGAGCGCAGUAACUAUAUCAUCUACGCCUGUCUCGCCAAUGGUACAUCACCUAUUGAUUUUCUCGCCGAGCAAGAAUGUAUCUGUCCAUCCUCAUUGUGGGAACUCGAAACAGCUUGUACGGAUUGUUAUCUCGCGCAUGGAUAUCAGAAUAUCACAAGAGAGGAAAGUGAUGCGAGUAUUUCAAGUUUGAGUCGGGCGGAAUGUACAGCCACACCUGUACAACCGUUUACGAACUUUUUCUCGGGCGUCGAUGCGUCGCAAGCGUUGACGACACCGGAUGUGGUGCUGGGAUCGGAUAGAUUUCCAAACCAGACGGCGGUUAGCAAUUACUAUACUGGCAAUGCUGCAUGGACGAUAGGAAGUAUUACCGGAAGUGCAACGGCUCGAUUAACGAGCUAUACGGCAAUAGAGUCUAGUAGAUUUACUUCCACGAGUACUGGGGCUCCUUAUUCGACGGGUACGAGUGGGAGUGCAAGUGGGAGUGCGCAGACUAGUACUAGUGGAGCGGGAGGAUUGAAGAGUUUGAUGAGUAGUCCGGGUGGUUUUUUGGGGGUAGGCGUGUUGCUCAUGCAGUGUAUGGCGGUGAUUUUCACUGCUUGGAUUGCUUCGUGUUAAAUGGAGUGUAUGGAGUUUAUAGAGUGUUUUAGGAGGCGAGUCAGGAAGCAUGGGGUAACUAACUAGUUCUAGAGCUGCUUAAAAAUUAUCGGAGGUAAAGUAUACGAAAGCAUGGAUGGGCGGGGUGGAUGGGGGGUUACGGUAGAUGUAUUUCAUGAUUAACUGAAUAGAGCAUACAUGGAAUAGCUGGUAUUGAUUCGUGUUAUUGUAGCUACUACGCACCGGAUAUAAUAGCACACACGAAUAUGUAGAU